UUUGGGCUCCCUAGCCUAUUUUUACCGACCGUCCGAUUGUGAUCGGAGGGACCAAAUGCCCUACCUUAACCCACCUACUAUAUAUAGUCGGUGCAUUUCUAGACCAAACCCUAUUUUGUAGGGAUCCUCCCCUGUCCAAUCGCCGCCACCGCCAGUCAACCACCCCUCUUUCCCCUCGGGAUCCCUCCCGAUACACUCCAUCGCAGCCGACCACCGUCCUUCAUCAUUUUCGGAUCCAUCCAAUCGCCGCAGCCAUCCAUCCAUCCGAUCCAGCGACUCCUCACCCCGAGCCACCUCUAGCCCGCAGCCUCGUGCUCGGGCCCGAGCAGGAGCUCGUCCACGAGCAGAACAGCAGCCCCGUCGGAUCUUCGCCGGAGCAGAAGCUCCAUGACCAUGCCCGCCUGAUGCUCAAGCCACCACCAAGAACUGCUCCAUCGCCAUGAGUUCUGGCGUCCAGGACCUCCCCCGCAACCAUCCAACUUGUGCCCGGCCUCCUCACUGUGCUCUGUCGUCCUCUGCCCGGCGACCCACACAGCCGCAACCUCCAUGGCCGAGUUCGCGCCCGGCGCCGAGCUCCAGAUCCUUAGCCACUGCCUCACCUGCCGCCGCGGGUCAUCUUCGCGCCAUCCCCAUGGUCGGAUCCACGCCAUCCACGGCCUCCCCGCUUCAUCCUUUCACCGGAGUCGCGGCAAGUCCGUCGAACGAGCCGCCAAGACCAUGUCGCUGCCUCGACUCCAGGUCCGGCCACCGUCGGCCGCUCGCCUCCUCGAGCGCCCGCGCCUACCGCCGGCCGGCCAUGGCCAGUUCUUCCCCGCCUCGGAGCUCCCUUGCGUCGCCGGAUCCCUCCAUCCCCGCCACCCACUUGUCGCCGGUGGUCGCCUCUGCGCCAAGUCCCUCGCCGCGCUGCAUCUUGGCUGCAGCGAGCGGGGGCUGCAGUUAUCCUUCGUUGACCAGGCCUCCUUUGCCCUGUACACUGUCGAAAGGUCGAACCAGCUGAAACCGCUCGGUCCUGCCGGCUCACUCGAACCGGUGUGGCCCGAUCCAUUCCAACCGGCCCCGAACCCCCUGCCCAUCUUCAGCAGGCCCGUGAGGCCGAGAGUGAGCGCUCUCAUGCUAUCCAUCGCCCUGGACUAGAUAUUCCUCUCUUGCGCAUGCUCCUCUGUAGCCCAGUUCAUCCUAGAUCCUGCCCAUCGCAUGUUUUUUUCCUGUCUGCGAAUUUAUCUUUUAUUCCAGAGAACCCAGUUUUGCAGAAAACCCCCUAGACUACAUGCAUUUAAUAACUCACCAACCGUGCAUCUGUUUAAAAUAAG